CUUCGUUGUGACUAUUUAGUUCCGAAAUUAGUUUUGCUAAUGACUGUUUGACUUUGAAAGAAGAACACGUGAUGUCGUAGGGGGAGUGUGGUACAAGCAGAAUUGCACCCAGAAGGCGGCCUUCAUUCCAAUUCUGGCUUCAACUGCAAUCCUGCUCGCCAUUGGCUGUUUCCGAGCAGUCUUCGUUGGGUUGGAAGCAAAAAAUGAUCGUGUUUCACUGUGCGUAUCAACGUCCAAAAAUCUGUUCUUCGAGAAUACUAUUGCGGCAGUUGGAUUCCCGAGCGUCCUUCUUAUGGUACUACUAACUGGCAUUCUGCUGGCGAUGUUGCACAAAAGAUCCAAAGAGGCCAGUACUCGCUCGAAUUCAAAAACUCCUGCACAGAGAUCAGCUUCUGCAGUGACUAUAGCACUGACAGUGAACAGCGUGUUGUACACUAUGUUUGCAGCGCUGCAACUCUUCCUGUUCAUUGUCGGAAAUAAACUGAUGGGACAGAAGUGGGUCAUACCUGUGGCCCAUACUUCGUCCUCGAUUGGGGCGGCAAUCAGGGCUUUGAGCUACUUGGUCAUACCUACCAUGAGAAAUGCACUCAAAAAAGCUACGGAGAAUUUUUGGGGCAAGUAACCGUUUACCACGGAGCCUAGAGUGAAGAAUCUGCAACUGAAACAAACGUGGAAAAAAGCUUUCGUCAACAUUCAAUAGUAAUCCAAAAAAAUGUGACGCGAACUUCAAGACGGAAUUAAUUUUUGAUAAAGAUAUGCAAAUGCUGUUGUGCUAUAGUCACGGGACAAAAAAGUUCAACUUCUAGCUUUCAGCCGAUGAAGGGACCGAAAACUUUCUGAACAUU